UGGGCGUGGAUUCGCGACAGCGUUUACGGGAAUUGACAAGACGCUUGCUUGGAAGACUCACCGCCGAGAUGUUGCAACUUCAUUGUACAGGAUUUAAAACCCUUAUCGCUGAUACAUGCUCAAAAACAUCAUAAUAAUAGGAUAAUAUAAGUAGCCUACACUGAAAUUGGUCCGUUCUGGAAGAGAAAGUUAUUUUUUUCAGAUAUUCGUGGACGGCAUAAAGUAAUAGACAUAGUGAAUGCCUCGAAACAAGGCAAUGGACAUGGGCAGGCAGCUGUUGGUAAAGAUGCAGAGGACGAGGAAGGGCAAGUUCACGCCAAUCCCUGUAUUACCACAGGGCCUCGAGGUCCACUUCUACCUGCGAGACUCUCACCAGCUGGAGUUUCUCCGGGGUUGUUACACUGCUGAGGAGCUGUGCAGAGAGGCAGCUAAGAAGUGUGGUAUUUCACCUCUUUGCUUCAAUCUGUUUGCCUUGUAUGACGAGGGCAUGAACAUCUGGUACCCUCCCAAUCACACCUUCAAAAUCGAGGAGAGCACCUGCUUAAAGCUCCACUAUCGCAUGAGGUUCUACUUCACCAACUGGCAUGGUGCGAAUGACAAUGUGCCACGUGUUUUCAGACAUGCCCUCAAGAGAAAAAAUGGCAAUGGGCCGAAGACCGAAUCAGGGGGUACGGCACUCCUUGAGGCUGCCUCACUGAAGUAUCUGUUCGCCCAGGGUCAGCAUGACUUCCUGAAGGGGCGGGCCGCAGUGCGUAACCCUCAGAAUGAAGAGGAGGCCCACUGUAUUGAGAAUGAGUGCCUGGGGGUGGCAGUGUUGUCUAUCACACACAAUGCCUUGGAGAAGAACAUCGUCAACCCACAUUUAGCAGGACAGAUCAGCUAUAAGAAAUACAUCCCAGAGAGCAUGAACCAAAUCAUCAAGCAGCGGAACUUCCUGACACGACUCCGCAUCUCCCGGGUGUUUCAGCACUUCCUUAACGAGUUCAACAACAAGACCGUGAAGAGCAACAAAGUCAACAUCCAUGACAUCAAGGUCAAAUACUUGGCUACGCUGGAGACUUUGACCUGUGGGUUCGGCUGUGAGAUGUACAAGCCUGAAGUGCUACGUGUUACUGACAGCGAAGGGGAGAUCGAAGGAACACCCACUUCCUGUAACCAGGGUCAGCCCACCCAGUACCAAGUCCUUGUGUCUGGAAAUACAGGGAUCAAGUGGCGGAGGAAGCAACAGAAUAAUGCAUGGACUGCCAAAGAGAAGAAAAAAUCAAAAAAGUACAAAACCGACAUCAACAGGAAGAACAAACCAGCUCAAGACGUUUCGAAUGACUGGAAAACCUUCUCUGAUUUCUAUGAGAUUACACACAUCAACAUCAAGGGCUCCACAGUCACUGUCCACAAGCAGGACAACAAAAAGAUGGAACUGAGCCUGGGUUUCCAUGCAGAGGCAUUGUCUUUUGCCACCCUCGUUGAUGGAUACUUCCGUCUGACAGUGGAUGCACAUCACUUCCUGUGUACAGAUGUGGCCCCUCCCUCUGUGGUACAGAACCUGCAGGAAGGCUGUCAUGGUCCAAUCAGCAUGGACUACACCUACCACAAGCUGCGUCAGGAGGGCAGGGAGGAGGGCAUGUAUGUGCUGCGCUGGAGCUGUAUCGACUAUGACCACAUCAUCCUGACUGUCAAAUGCAAUGAAGUGGACCAGACCGAUAGCCAUCCGUACCGUAGCUUUAAGAUCGAGGUGGGGCCGGAAGGCUACGGCCUGAGUGGUACAGCCCUGAGGCAGCCCUCUCUCAGGGAGCUGAUGGAACAGAUGAUUGGCCAGAGACUUAGCACAGACGGAGUCUUCUUCCAGCUCCGCAAGGCCUGCCCUCCGCAGCCCAGAGAAAUGUCUAACCUGCUACUAGUGACAAAGAGAGAUGCAGAGCCGAUGUACCCCGUACAGAGUCAUGUCAUCUUCCACAAGAUCCUCAACGAGGACAUAGUGCAGGAGGAGCACUUGGGCUGUGGCACCAGAACUAACAUCUAUGCUGGCAAAUUGAAGAUAAAGAGUGAGGAAGAGAAGGAUGUGUGGGGUUCCCAAACCUAUCACGAGGUGAAAGUGGUCCUGAAAGUGCUAGGGUCCCAACACAGAGACAUCUCUAUGACUUUCUAUGAAACGGUCAGUAUGAUGCGUCAGGUGUCCCAUCAACACAUCACUCUGCUGCACGGUGUCUGUGUUCGCAACCAUGACAAUAUCAUUGUGGAGGAGCAUGUGACGCUGGGUCCUCUGGAUGUGUUCAUGCGGAGGCAUCGUCUUGAACUCAGCGCCUCCUGGAAGUACCAGGUGGCCAAACAACUGACCGGCGCCCUCAGCUACCUGGAGGAUAAGAAGCUGGUCCAUGGCUAUGUGUGUGCUAAGAACGUCCUAGUGGAGCGGGAUGGCCUAGAGGGAGAGACUGGGCCCUUCAUCAAACUGAGUAGCCCUGGGGUCUCCAUCUCCACACUCAACAUACAAGAGUGUGUGGAGAGGAUCCCAUGGAUCGCCCCAGAGUGUGUGAGGAACAGCCAGGCCCUGAGUGUUGCGGUGGAUAAGUGGGGAUUUGGCACCACACUGUGGGAGAUCUGCUAUGAGGGAGUUGCUCCUCUCAAGGACAAGAAACUCAUAGAGAAGGAGAUGUUUUACUCAGCCCAGUGUUCCCUGGUGACCCCAGACUGCCCCCAGCUGGCUGAGCUCAUCACCAAGUGCAUGAACUACGACCCCAAGAGGAGGCCCUUCUUCAGGGCCAUUGUCAGGGACCUCACCGGGGUGGCCGAGCAGAACCCAGUCCUGCCACCUGGUAGGAUGCCCAUCCAGGAAGUGGACCCCACUGUGUUUGAUACGAGGUUCCUCAGGAAAAUUGAUAACCUGGGAGAGGGUCACUUUGGUAAGGUGGAGCUGUGUCAGUAUGACCCCCAUGGGGACGGCCGAGGGGAGCUGGUGGCGGUCAAGUCUCUGAAGCCAAACAGCAAAGGCCAGCUGCCCUGCCAUCUGAGAAGAGAGAUAGAUACCAUGAGAGAACUGUACCACCACAACAUUGUCAAAUACAAAGGAGUGUGUAGCGAGGAGGGUGGGAGGACCACUAAGCUGAUUAUGGAGUACCUGCCAGCGGGGAGCCUGAAGGACUACCUUCCCAAAAGAAAACACCAGACUGACCUCAAGAGACUUCUCAACUACGCCCUCCAGAUCUGCCAGGGAAUGGAUUACUUGGGAUCCCAGAGGUUCAUCCACCGGGAUUUGGCGGCCAGGAACGUUCUGGUGGAGAACGAGAGCACAGUGAAGAUCGCAGACUUUGGCCUGACCAAGAGCAUGAAGGAGGACAAGAGUUACUACACUGUCAAAGAGGACACCGAAAGCCCUGUGUUCUGGUAUGCUCCUGAGUGCCUGGUGGGCUCUAAGUUCUACCCUGCGUCUGACGUGUGGUCUUUCGGAGUGACCCUCUAUGAGCUGAUGACCUACUGCGAGUCAAGCAGCAGUCCUGAGCCGGUAUUUUUGAAGUUGCUUAGACCAAGCGAGGGUAAGAUGACUCUCACCCGAUUGGUGGAAUUUCUGAUAGACGGCAAGAGGCUGCCAUGUCCACCUCGCUGCCCAGACACGGUGUACUCUCUGAUGAGGAGGUGUUGGGAGUUUGACCCGGCGAACAGGAUCCAGUUCAAAGGCCUGAUCACAGAGCUGGAGACGCUGCUGGACGAGAGGCACAGAGGAGAUAGACUGGCUGUCUGAACUGCUAGAGCUCACACAUAGAUGGAUAUAUACAAUAAUAUAAUAUACACUGAGUAUAUCAAAACAUUAGGAACACCUUCCUACUAUUGAGUUGCUCCCCCCACCCCUUUUUGCCCUCAGAACAGCAUCAAUUCGUCGGGGCCAUGAACCAUCCAAGGUGUCGAAAGCGUUCCACAAGGAUGCUGGCCUAUGUUGACUCCCAUGCUUCCCAAAGUUGCGUCAAGUUGUGUGAAUGUCCUUUGGGUGGUGGAUCAUUCUUGAUACACCCGGAAAACAAGUUCUGCUUGAAGAACUGGUGGGCCUGGCACCUACUACCAUACACCGUUCAAAGGCACUUACAUUUCUUGCACAUCACCCUCCGAAUGGCACAAAUACCCAAUCCACGUGGGGAUUUAACAAGUGACAUCAGUAAGGGAUCAUAGCUUUCACCUGGAUUCACCUGGUCAGUCUGUCGUGUAAAGAGCAGCUGUUCUUAAUGUUUUGAACACACAGUGUGUAUGCCAUUUAGCAAACGCAUCUGUCCAAAUAGACAGAUGGAUGGAUGAAAAGGCAGUCAGGCUGACAGACAGUCUAAUGUCAGUUAACAGAAAAGACAGACGCAUGUUAGCACAGAUGGACUGACAGACAGACUGACAUUGACUACUACAGACAUAAAAAUAGACGUAAUCUAGCACAGACAAACCGAUCAACAUACACAUGCACCGACAGACCAACACACAGAAAGACGUUAACCAUCACUGACAGACAGAAAGACACACAGAAAGCACAGAAGGACAAAAGCUAAAUUUCUUUACAAUACAGAAACAAAUUGCCCAGAUGUGGGCUUGAUGUGUGUGUAUAUAUAUAUAUAUAUAUAUAUAUAUACUUUUCCACAUACUGUACAUAUACAGUAACUCAAAUGUAUUCUGACCUUCAAAUGCAUGCUGCUGUCAUUCACUAUGUUCUUUAAUACAGUAUUUGUUUGUUUCUUUUUACAAGCUAUUGAUACACAUUGUAAGUUAAAUAGGACCCUUUUGGAUAACUGAGUUAGUUAAUUUUGUAGGGAUGAAAGACAUUGAGGCGGUAAUUUGCGUUAGGCAACAAACAGAUCUUUUAGCCGGUGUCAGAGGUGUAACCAAUGAUGUAUAUAAACCCUGGAUUGCUGAUGAUAUGCAUUGGCCAAUUAGAGGCUUUGAAGCCACCGGUUGGGUAUAUUGGCAGUCCCCAGAAGAAGCAGUCCUCCAUAGGAAUUCUAUAGUAUUUCAAUUAAUUGUUUCAAGGACAAAAUUGCAUGUAUUUAAGUACUUUUCUUGUUGUAUCGGGGACAUUAACAUUUGUAUGUUUAGCUCAGAUAAUAUACUUAAAAAGUAUGCAUCAACUUGUCUGUAACAGAAUAAAUGUGGCAACAAAUUUA